AUGCAAUGCGUUGAUGCAUUCACAAUUGAGGGACAAGAUAGUUGUUCUUACAGGCGAUCAUGGCAAAAAUUAUCGCAAACAGCUCUUGGGCAAACGAUUUAUACAAAAAUGACCAAUCUAAAUGGAAAAAUGGAGCAGUUGUUAAACAACGACUCUAAUCUUAUUGACAGACAUAAACGCUAUUUUAGCGAACUAUUACAAUGUGCCGUCGAUAAUCUUGACAGCACCGAGGAGACACUAAAAGCUUUCUUAGAGCUUAUUGGAAAAGGACAUGCUGGAUUCAAAAUCAGCGCUAAAGAUUGGGACACAUUUGGUGAAGCGGUCGUAACAACAGUCAAGAACCGAAAAGGUUUAUUUAAGUCACAAAAGGAAACCAUCAAGGCCUGGAUAAUCCUAAUGUCUUUCAUCUCUGAUCGUCUAGGAUUGGCAACAAAAACGGCGGUUAGCAGUCCACUGGUAACACCAAGGAUUCAGAUGUUGGCUAUGAUGUCGUGCAGCGAAGAUAAGAUGCCUUAUAAAGUGUGUAUAUAG